AAAAAGAAAAGCCAGAAAUUCCAAAAUUCCCUUCUUCAUGCAAAACUCAUUUCACUCUCUCCAUCUCACUCUCUGGAUCAUCAGAGUCUGUAAAGAGGAGUGAAAGUGACAGCAGAAGACCACACGGCGUCGUUUUUGUAAUUUGUCACUGGCUUAAAUUUAGGGUUUUGGGGUCAAACCCGCAGUGCCAGAGUGCGGAAGAAGCGAAACGUUGUGGUUUCUUUUGUGUUUGGUGUCUGAGAAAGUUGUAUCUUAAGGUUUCUUUAAAGGAAAUGGAGGAAGCCUCUUCCUCAACUAUUUUAGAGGGGGAGAUAACUGGAAUCAAAUUUGGUUUGGCAACUCAUCAAGAAAUCUGUACAGCAUCUAUCAGCAAUUGCGCUAUCAGCCAUGCAAGUCAGCUUUCCAACCCAUUCCUUGGCCUGCCCCUUGAGUUUGGGAAGUGUGAAUCUUGUGGCACUUCUGAAGCUGGGAAGUGUGAAGGUCAUUUCGGGUAUAUUGAGUUACCAAUACCAAUAUUUCAUCCUAAUCAUGUGAGCGAAUUGAAGCGGAUGCUGAGCUUAUUGUGCUUGAAAUGCUUGAAAAUGAAAAAGAACAAGUUUCCAACCAAGAAUGCUGGCUUAGCAGAGAGAAUGCUAUCUUCAUGUUGUGAGGAUGCUUCACAAGUGUCUAUUGGAGAGAUUAAACCAACAGAUGGUUCUUGUUCCUUGCAAUUGAAGCGGCCUUCAAAAUCAAGAACACCACCUGGUUUCUGGAAUUUCCUUGAACGAUAUGGUUUUCGUUAUGGUGAUGGCCACAUACGAACUUUGCUUCCUUGUGAGGUGAUGGAGAUGCUGAAAAGAAUCCCUCAAGAGACCAGGAAGAAACUUGCCGCUAAAGGCUAUUUUCCUCAAGAUGGAUACAUCUUGUCUCAAAUACCUGUCCCUCCAAACUGUUUGUCUGUACCUGAAAUUUCUGAUGGUGUUAGUGUUAUGUCUGCGGAUCCUUCAAUAUCAAUGCUAAAAAAGGUUCUAAAGCAAGUUGAAAUCAUAAGAAGUUCAAGGUCUGGUAUACCGAAUUUUGAAUCUCAGAUUGUUGAAGCGAAUGAAUUGCAAGCAAUAAUUGAUCAGUAUCUUCAAGUUAGGGGUACUGGAAAGCCAUCACGCGAUAUUGAUGCAAGGUUUGGGGUAAACAAGGAGCUUAAUGCCUCUUCAACAAAAGCAUGGCUUGAAAAGAUGAGGACAUUGUUCAUCAGAAAGGGUUCAGGCUUCUCUUCCCGUUCAGUGAUUACUGGGGAUGCAUUUAGAAGGGUGAAUGAAGUUGGCAUCCCAUAUGAAAUUGCUCAAAGAAUCACAUUUGAAGAGAAGGUUAAUGAUCAUAACAUUAGGUAUCUACAAGAGCUGGUAGAUAGCAAGUUGUGCCUAACCUAUAAGGAUGGUUCAUCAACAUACUCACUCAGGGAAGGUUCAAAGGGGCAUACAUUUCUGAGGCCUGGUCAAGUGGUGCAUCGGAGGAUAAUGGACGGGGAUCUUGUUUUUGUAAAUAGGCCCCCAACCACCCAUAAACAUUCACUGCAAGCACUCCAAGUGUAUGUGCACGAUGACCAUGUGGUGAAAAUCAACCCUCUCAUUUGUGGGCCACUUAGUGCCGACUUUGAUGGUGAUUGCAUCCACCUGUUCUAUCCCCAGUCGCUUGCUGCAAAGGCAGAAGUCUUGGAGCUUUUUUCAGUGGAGAAGCAGCUGCUUAGCUCUCAUAGUGGAAAGCCAAAUUUGCAAUUGGCCACUGAUGCACUUUUGUCAUUAAAGAUGAUGUUCAAGAAAUAUUUUUUGGACAAAGCAGCAGCACAGCAACUGGCCAUGUUUGCAUCAUCUUCAUUGCCACGACCGGCUUUACUGAAAGCAAAUUCUGCUCAUUCAUAUUGGACUGCUUUUCAGAUAUUACAGACUGCAUUGCCAGCUCACUUCGACUGCAGUGGCGACAACUACUUGGUCAACAAAAGUGAGAUACUGAAUAUUGAUUUUAGCACAAGUUCUGUUGCAGCUGUGAUGAAUGACAUUGCUACCUCUGUUUUCUUUGAGAAAGGUGGUGAAGAUGUUCUGAAAUUCUUUGAUUCUCUACAGCCCCUGCUGAUGGAGAAUUUAUUUUCAGAAGGGUUUAGUGUUGGUUUGGAAGAUUUUUACAUGUCCAGGACAUCCAUACAAGACAUUCAGAAGAAUAUUCAGGAUAGUUCUGAUUUGUUGUAUCAUUUGAGGUCAACAUACAAUGAGUUUGUAGAGUUUCAAUUGCAGAAUCGCAUCAGAAGUGUGAAAGUACCAGUUUCACAUUUUAUCUUGGAGUCAUCAGCAUUGGGUGAUUUAAUCGACUCCAAGAGUGAUUCAGCCAUUAACAAAAUUGUUCAACAAAUUGGGUUCCUAGGCCUGCAACUUUCUGAUAAAGGAAGAUUCUACUCUAAGACAUUGGUUGAGGAUGUGGCCUCUCUCUGUCAUAGUAAAUAUCCUUCUGACAUUGAUUAUCCCUCUGCCGAAUAUGGACUAGUUCAAAGCUGUUUUUUUCAUGGGUUAGAUCCAUAUGAGGCGAUAGUUCACUCCAUUGCUACACGAGAGGUGAUUGUUCGGUCCUCAAGAGGAUUGUCUGAACCUGGGACUCUAUUUAAAAAUUUAAUGGCCAUUCUUCGCGAUGUUGUUAUUUGCUAUGAUGGCACCGUCAGAAAUGUCUGUAGCAACUCAAUAAUCCAAUUUGAGUAUGGAGUCAAAACUGGAUCUAGGCCCCAGCAUUUAUUCCCUGCUGGUGAACCUGUUGGUGUGUUAGCUGCAACUGCAAUGUCAAAUCCUGCGUAUAAGGCAGUUCUGGAUUCUACCCCAAGCAGCAACUCUUCAUGGGAGCUGAUGAAGGAAAUUCUGCUUUGCAAAGUCAAUUUUAAGAAUGAGCUCAUUGAUCGCCGUGUAAUUUUGUACUUGAAUAACUGUGGUUGUGGAAGAAAGUACUGCCGAGAACGUGCAGCAUGUUUGGUUAAGAAUCAGUUGAAGAAAGUCAGUCUUAAAGAUACUGCAGUUGAAUUUAUGAUUGAAUAUAACAAUCAGCUUUCUGGUUUGGGAAGUCUGAUAAAUGAUGCAGGCCUUGUUGGUCAUAUUCAUCUCAAUGAGGAUAUGUUACGAGAGUUAAACAUUGGUGUUCACGAUAUUCUUCAAAAAUGCCAAGAAACUAUUAAUUCAUUUCGGAGGAAGAAAGUUGGAAAAAAGAAGUUCAACAUUGGUUAUCAUUUUAAAAAUACAGUUUUGUUUGCCAGUGAACAUUGCUCCUUUCAUCAUUCCUCUGCAGAAAAAAGAUCCGACUCCCCAUGCUUGAUGUUCUUCCUUCAAGCAACUGAUGAUUUGGAGACCACUACCACUUUGCAAUACUAUGCGGACUUGAUUUGCCCUGUUCUUUUAGAAACAAUAAUAAAAGGUGACCCUCGUAUUGGCUCAGCCAAUAUCAUUUGGAUUGAUCCAGAUACAACAACUUGGAUUAGAAGCCCAAACAAAUCUCAGAAGGGUGAAUGGGCCUUGGAUAUUGUUCUGGAGAAAUCGGUCAUCAAGCAAAGUGGUGAUGCAUGGAGAACAGUGCUCGACUCUUGCCUUCCAGUGCUUCACCUAAUUGACACCACGCGUUCCAUCCCGUAUGCCAUCAAACAAAUUCAAGAAUUGUUGGGGGUGUCUUGUGCGUUUGAUCAAGCAGUUCAGCGCCUCUCAACGGCAGUGACAAUGGUGGCAAAAGGUGUUCUGAAAGAGCAUCUUAUCCUCCUGGCAAAUAGCAUGACAUGUGCAGGAAAUUUCGUGGGAUUCAAUUCAAGUGGGUACAAAGCACUAUCUCGGGCAUUGAAUAUUCAAGUACCAUUUACAGAAGCAACUCUCUUUACACCAAGAAAGUGUUUUGAGAGAGCAGCUGAAAAGUGCCACAUGGAUUCGUUGGCAAGCAUAGUUGCGUCAUGUUCCUGGGGUAAACAUGUUGCUGUGGGUACUGGCGCGAGGUUUGAUGUCCUGUGGGACAGAAGAGAGGUAGAAUUGACUCAAGAGGGUGGACUUGAUGUUUUCAACUUUCUGCAUAUGGUGAGCACUGCAAACGUAGAAGAAGCAACUACAGGAGCUCUCGGUGCAGAAGUUGAUGAUCUAAUGCUAGUUGAUGAAAUGGCAGAUUCAAGCUUCUCGCCAGAACUCAACUCCAGCUUUGAUAGGCCUGUCUUCGAAGAUCUUGUUGAAUUUGAUGAUAAAUUAGGAGAUCUUCCCGAAAAAUCAAACUGGGAAAAGGAUUCCUCCUUCCACACUGAUUCUAAUGGGGGGAAAGACUGGAGCAUCGACAAAAAUGUGGGAACUGUGGCAGUACCUGACGUUUGGUCAAGCUGGGGUACAGAGAAAGGGAAAACACAAGAUAGCAACUCAGCAGAAGCCCAGUUGGAUUCCAAGAAAUCCAGUGUUUUGGAUACCUCGUCUGCGUGGGGGAAAAAUCCAGCAAAAGAAAAUACGACAUCUACAUGGGGGACAACUACGGCAAGUGAAAAUGAUUGGUGUGGUAGAGGGGUAGGUGAGGAUGAUUCUGUAAGCUUGUCUGGGAAGAAAUCUGGUGUUUUGAAUACCUCAUCUGCGUGGGCGACAAGUGCUGCCAGAGAAGAUGCUGCAUCUGCCUGGGGAACAAAUCCAGCAAAAGAAAAUACCACAUCUACAUGGGGCACAACUACGGCAAGUGAAAAUGAUUGGUGUGGUAGAGGGGUAGGUCAGGAUGAUUCUGCAAGCUUGUCUGUGAAGAAAUCCAGUGUUUUGGAUACCUCGUCUGCGUGGGCAACAAAUACUGCCAGAGAAGAUGCUGCAUCUGCCUGGGGGAAACAGCCAGUGAAAGAAAAUGCCACAUCUACAUGGGGCACAACUAUGGCAAGUGAAAAUGAUUGGUGUGGUAGAGGAGUAGGUCAUGAUGAUUCUGCAAGCUUGUCUGGGAAGAAAUCCGGUGUUUUAAAUACCUCAUCUGUGUGGGCGACAAAUACUGCCAGAGAAGAUGCUACAUCUGCCUGGGGGGAAAAUCCAGCAAAAGAAAAUACCACAUCUACAUGGGGGACAACUACGGAAAGUGAAAAUGAUUGGUGUGGUAGAGAGGCAGGUAAAGUUGAACCAGUAGACUUCCAGCCUACAAAACCCCAGGAUGAUUCUGCAAGCUUGUCUGGGUGGGAUUCACCUACCAGAGAUGGGAAUUCUGGUGAACGAAAUCAUCAGUGGGGACAGCAUCGUGGAGACCAAACAAAGAAAAGUCGUUUUGAAGGUGCAAAGAAUUGGGUUUCAAGUCCUGGGGAAUGGAAGAAUAAGAACCGUCCUCCUAAGUCGCCUGGAAUGGUGAAUGACAAUUCUACCAUGGGUGCAUUAUAUACUGUAACAAGACACAGAUUGGAUAUGUUCACUUCCGAGGAGCAUGUUCUUUCUAAUAUUGAGCCAGUUAUGCGCUCCCUCCGGAUAAUGCAUCAAUCUGGGUACAAUGAUGGGGAUCCACUGUCAGGUGACGAUCAAUCGUUUGUACUUGAUAAUGUCUUCAAUUACCACCCGGAUAAAGCAGCUAAAAUGGGUUGUGGAAUUGAUCAUCUCACAGUUAAUAGGCAUGGUAGUUUCCAGGACAGCAGAUGCUUCUUUGUUGUGUCAACAGAUGGUCGUACGGAAGAUUUUUCAUAUAGGAAAUGCCUGGACAAUUACAUAAGGGAAAAAUUCCCUGAUCUUGCUGAAACUUUCAUUGGCAAGUAUUUCUCUAGGAGAGGGAAUCGAGAGCGGAACCCAACUCUAAUUCAAACCCCUACUCUAAGUCAAACCUCCACUCCAGAGCAAACUGAGAAUGCGGAGAUGCAGUAGAACAUUUCUAUUUCCUGGGCAUGUGUCAUUUUGAGAUUCUCAUGUAAUUAGGUGUAAACAUUCUGCUCCUCUGUUUUUUGAUUUGUAUAUAUUAGGCAGUUGUUAGCAGCUCCUGACAAACUCAGUUUGUUUUCUUUUUUCUUUUUCUGGGUUUGAUCUUAGAGCAUUUUAGUUAACCUGUUGGUCGCUACUGGAUAAGGUUAAACUAAACCCUUAAUUGGGAGAUGUUGCAGGUAAAAAAUCAAUUAUCGAUGAAAUGCAGAAGCGUUACCAAUAUCAUUCAUCGGUGGCUUCUAUUUCUUUGUUAA